AUGAAUCAGCGUUCCAGCCACAGCGUUGUGCUUGUUCCACAGAGAUCUGAAGACGCACCAGAUCGAAUUAUUUCGGAUAGUGUCGAAAUACCUGUAGAUGGCCGACAAGAGAGCGGACGGCAUACGUCCAGUCCCACUCUAAUCAGGGGUUACGGUCAUGGCAAAUCGAUAACGGAUAAGCAAGCGCCGAAAGCUCUUACAUAA